AUGGCCCAGUCAGCAUCAGCAGCAGAGAGGCAGAGAAGAGAGGCUCACCAGCAGCGCGCUUAUGAAAUCCAGUUUGCUGGUGGUGUUGAGGGCGCCAUCAAGUGGACUAUAGGUGGAGCUCUUGCUUGUGUCGUUGGUCACUAUACUUGGCCCGUGUUCGCGAGACAAACGUUGGGUCUGAAAGCAUUCAUCACAAGUUCAGCCACCAUGUGCGGCCUUGUCAUUGGAGCCGACGAUCACCUACUCCGAUUCGAACACGGCAUGCGUGCCGAAGAAAACGAACUCCGACGGCAAGCGCGAAACGCCCUCGCCCUCGAAGGCAAGAUUGCCAGCGAAACCGAGAUUCGAAAGUGGAGAGAACGACGUGAAAAGCAGAUGGCGUUGGAUAAGGAGAAGGAGGCUGCUGCUGUUGGUAUGUCGAGUGUUCAAGAGACACCGAUUGCGCCUGCUGCUGCUGGAUCAGGGGCGACGGGGAAGGUUGUAGAGGAACUGACGGGGUCGGCGGUGCCUCCUCCGGCUCAGCCUGCCCCUCUGGCCUCAUUAUCUAGCGAGGGAGAGAAGGCUUGA